CACACAAUCUGAUCAAUUUCCAAGCUGUCAACACUGCUGGUAGGAAACGUCUGGUCAGCGUCGUUAGUGCCUUUGGCUUUGUUAGAGGAAGGUUGCACAACUUUACAAGAAAUGGACUGAAUCAUCAGGCUGCACUAAAAUAAUUCAGCAUUGUUUUAUUUGUUCAUUUGGCUUGCGGAGCGCUGAGGAGGAACGUGUCUGUCUUCUGAUAUAGAGAUGAACUUAGUUUGAACUUGGCUUGCUGCUCGUAGUCAUCCUCAAACUUCACCACUUCUUACUGACCCUUUGUCUGGCCAUCAGCACCCAUGUACAGCAGCGGCUACUCUCACGUCUCCAAGUCCAGCCCGCAUGCCCAAAAGAAGAUGCAGUACCGCUCAAAGGGCAAGAGCUGCGGCUACUACAUGCGCAUUGUCUUCUUCUUCUCCUCGCUCAUCCAGUCUCUCAUCAUAGUCAGCCUGGUGCUCUUUCUGGUCUAUGGUAAGUCGCAGGACUCGGCGUCCACUACACGCAUUCACGACCUGGAGGAGAGCUUCAGCCGACUCUCCAUAGAAAACGUCUUCCUGAGGCAGCAGAGGAAGAACCUGACCAACUUACUCAACACCACCCUGACAGAGAAAGCCCGUAAUGACUGGGACUUGGUCAACCUCCGCUACUUCUCCAACAUCUCAGCCAUUCUCAUCCAAGAUAUGGACAGGAAGAUGCAACAGUGCUACAGCGAGUUGUUCCUUUGCAAGAGCUCAGGACGCUACAACUCCCACUGCCAACCCACAUUACAACUCCCUGAUACCUGUAACUGUGGGCUGCUGGUUGAACGGCUGAAAGCAAGGCUUGAGCUUGUUGAGUCCAACUUCACGCAAACCACACAGAGGAUGAGGAUGGAACUGGACCAGACCGCCAAAGAGAGGGACAACCUUAACUUGGAGGUCAUCCGUCUGCGGAGGGAAAGAUCCACACAUGAGAAGGAGGUGGACUUCUUCAGGCAAAAAUGCAAAGAUGACUUCACUCAGUCUUUGAGUGGUAUCUCCAACGUCUCCAAGGCUUUCCUAGACAAGAUCUCUUUCCUCGUCCCCUUGCACAGCCCCUUCCACCUCACCUGUCCCAGACAGAGGGAACACCUGGAGCAGAUCCGUACCAACUGUACCAGCCUGUCCCUGGAAGUGGAGGACAAGUUCCAGCGUUACCUGAAUAAUGUGGGAACACAGGUGUCAAAGAUCCAGGGUGAGAACAGCCGCCUGAAGGCAGAGAACUGGCGACUGUCUGAAGACUACCGCUGGUGCAGCACCAACCGCACGGGCCUGAUCCUGCAGAACAGACAGAACUUGGACAAGAUGCAGCGCAAAUAUGAUGAGGAGAAAGAGAGACUCCUGAUAGACAAGAUGAGGCUGAAUGGAGAUAUAGACGUCCUGAAAAACAACAUCAAAUAUAAGAGUAGAGAGGUUGAUCACAUGAGCGAGCAACUGAAGCAACUCAACAUGUCCUGCAUGUUCAAGGCAGGGUUAAGUGGACUUCCAGGAGGCUCAGCCUCUCGGCCAGGCACACAGUCCCAGUCUGCAUGGGGCUUGCCCUCUGGUGGUGGUUCCAGCUCUUAUGGUAUAAGCCAGACUAGUAGGGUAGGGUCAGGUGGGUUGGGUUCAAACUUAGGCUCCUAUGGGUCAGGUAUCAAUAAGCCAUCAACUGGGGCAGGCUCUUCAAGCUCAUCCCUCUUUAACUCUGGGUCCAGUAGCUCCAGUGGAUCAACAUACAACAAACCAUCAACUGGGUCAAGCUCUUCAAGCUCAUCCCUCUUUAACUCUGGGUCCAGUAGCUCCAGUGGGUCAACAUACAACAAACCAUCAACUGGGUCAAGCUCUUCAAGCUCAUCCCUCUUUUCAUCUGGGUCAAGUAGCUCCAGUGGGUCAACAUACAAUAAGCCGGGCUCUUCAAGCUCGUCAUCUGGGUCAAGUAGCUCCAGUGGGUCAACAUACAAUAAGCCGGGCUCUUCAAGCUCGUCAUCUGGGUCCAGUAGCUCCAGUGGGUCAUCAGUCAGUAAGCCAGCAUCAACUGGGGGACUUUUCUCAAGCUUUGGUUCAUCAGGCUCAAGCUCUAGCUCUAGUGGGACAGCAAAUAAGCCAGUAGUGAAUACAAAAGUCACAUCACCCUUUGGGACAUCCUCUGGGUCAAGUGGGUCGAGUGGGAUAGGCGCAAAUAAACCAACAACAAAUCUGAAAACCCCCACUAGCCCUGGGUCAUCCUCUGGGUCGACUGGAUCGACAAGUAAAAGUGGGUCAAGCAGCUUAUCUUGGUUCGGGUUUGGGGGCAGUAGUUCAGGGCAAAGUAAGACAGGAACUGGAACAGGGAAAGGGCCAUCAACUGGGAAUAGUUAUGGUGGAUCUGGAUCAUCGUUUGGUGCAGGAAGAACGAGUGGAGGUGGCUCAAUCAGCGUCGCUCAACACCUUAAAGAUCUGCAACGCCUCAUCAACCCCUCUGGCCCAGAAGAGAAACAAGAUCUCUCCAGAAUGCUGGGCUAGUCCACCUUAUAACUUAAAAGAGAUUUAUCUUCAACUGCAUUUAUUCUGCACACCUAAAUCUCACGUUGGAGUUCACAUAUUUUAUAUCAAUAAAUGUACCAUUUAUGAUGCUGUGACAUUUUAUACUUCAAUAUGCAUUUAGAUUAGGAAUUUGAAUAUCUUUUGCACUUUAGAAUGUGAAAUGUGAAGUUUGUGUGUUAUGAUUUGUAUCUCUGCAGUAUGAUCAAGAACAUAAUGUAUUUUUAGACUGUAAAUAAAGACAAAUAAAACCAUUGUUUGAACGUAA